AACAAACACAUCAGCGAGGAACCAACACCACCAACACCACCACCAUAUUAUCACACAGACACAUCCGACAUUCCACGGCUUCAACGGACUCUUUGUUAUCCCGCCCCACAUACCCCCCAUAUAACGCAUCCACCCCCCACCAUCCGCGAUGUCCGUUGAACCGCGAUCCUCGCCUCCGCCGACGACCACCACCUCGAUGGCCGCGCAACUCCCCGAAAUCGAAUUCGGCUUCGACGACCUCAAGGAGCGGAUGAUGGCGUUCACCGUGCGCUUCGACGAGUUCAUCAAGCAGGGCCGCAAGCGCAUCCUCGAGGACAAGAACGACUAUGCCAAGAGCAUGCUGGAGUUCAAAGAUAAUGCCCGUGCGCUGCGCGAGGAUCGCGACUUCUAUGUUACCAAGGAACAGGAGAUCAAGGAGCAGGUCAAGCGCGAUACCGCCGAGCUGCUGGAGGCCGAAAACGCCAUCGCCGAUAUUGAUCGGAAGCGCAGGGUCAAGGAGGAGCAGAAGGAGGCGUUGCAGGCGCAGAUCGAGGAGGUUAAGCUGGCUAUCGAGAAGAAGCGCGCAAUCCGUGCCGCGCAACGACAAGCCCUGACCCAGCAACAAGCCAAGAACGUUCCCGAGCUCGUGUUCUGGGAAGACCACUUGGGAAUGCGCAUUGACGGAGCCGGGGUCGCCGAUCACCUCAAGAUCACGUUUACCCACCUCAGCGAACCAGAUGUCGAGUCUUGGUUCGUGGUGAGUAUGGUCAAGAGGGACUACGAAGUCGUACAAUGCCGGCCACGCCUGGACAUGGAAGAUGUGGGCCGCGUUGCCGACAAGUUGAACGAGACGAGGGAGUUUGCCGGGUUCUUGAAGGAUAUGAGGAAACUGUUCAAAGCCAAUGCUACGGGGGCUUGAGUGGGGG